AUGGCAGCAGACAGUCCUGAGCUGAGGAGGGUGGAAGACUUCAGAAAGGCGGCGGAGAGAACCCUGCCUGGCCCCGCCUGGUGGUACUACAGUCUCGGGGACGGCGAUAACCAGACUCUCAGGGACAACUGCGAGAGCUUCAAAAGGUACCGUGUGUUACCGCGGGUGUUACGUGACGUGUCCACAAUAGACACCACAGUCUCAGUGUUAGGCAGUAUGCUGGACUUCCCCGUCGCCAUUUCCCCAACAGCUCACCACAAGAUGGCGCAUCCAGACGGGGAGAAGGCCACGGCUAGAGCCGCAGCCGCAGCCAACACUGGGAUGGUUCUCGGCCUAUUUGCAAACCACUCUUUGGAGGAAGUCGCCGAAGCCGCGCCUCAAGGAACUCGCUGGUUCAACUUCGUGUUAUUCAAGGACCCGGAAAGGAACCGGCAGCUGUUAGAAAGAGCAGCGAGGGCAGGCUACAAGGCAAUCUUCCUCACAGUGGACCAACCCAGAUUCGAGUACCUCAACCAACCAAAACUGACCCACAAGGAAAAGGCCAAAUCGCAGCUAUUCCACGGCACAGGGGAUUGUGCUACAUUGGAUGCGUUGCAUGUUGUCAGCGGUACAGUUAUCGACAUUGACAUCCAAAUUCUAUAUUUCAGCACCCCGAACAUAAUGUUUCCAGGCACGCCACCUUACGGAACUGUGGAGUACCGUAGCCACCUGUACUCUGCGCUGAAGCAGCCUAUGACGUGGGAUGACGUGGAUUGGGUGAAAAACAACACAAGUUUGCCGGUCGUACUAAAGGGGAUUCUUACAGCGGAAGAUGCGAAGGAAGCCGUUCGGCACGGAGCUGACGCCAUCUUGGUGUCUAACCACGGCGGGAGGCAGUUGGACGGAGUCCCUGCCACUAUCGACGUCCUCCCCGACAUCGUGGGCGCGGUAGGCGGUGAGGCGGAGGUUUACCUGGACGGAGGGGUCCGGACUGGGACGGACGUGCUGAAGGCCUUGGCGCUGGGGGCCAGAUGUGUGUUCAUCGGCAGGCCCGCUAUUUGGGGACUCGCUUGUAACGGUGAGAACGGGCUUUUACAGCUUCUGAACGUCUUGAAAGAGGAGUUGGUUUAUACCAUGGCCAGAACAGGAUGUGCUGAGAUCGGUGACAUCAACUCGACUCUGGUGUUACACGAAUCAUACUACAGUUCGCGACGUGGAAACAUUUCGACCGUGAACAACCACUACUGACUAUUCUCAUGAUCUUUCACUUUUAUCAGCUUUAUUAUGAAUCUUAUUAGAGAUAUAUGCAAUGAAUGUACCAUUUCUCAUGGAGUCGUAAUCGUAAUACAUUAGAUUUAUCAGGUAUUUAUUGUAUUACGAUACAAUAUAGUCACGAUUUACAACAUGAUUAUACAUUAAUAAUAAAUAAGGGUACAGCUAACCAAGGCUAAAUAAGAUAAAAUAUGUAUAGAUUAUUACUUGUUUACCUCAUAUAUUUUCAUCACAUAUUGAGCUUUGUAUUCCCUUAGAAUAUUCAUACUUAAAAGCAUGUGUUUUUAAUAAAGCGUAACACGAAA